UUGCAAAUUGUGAAAAAUGUCACAGUACAUCUUUCUAGUAUUUAGUUAUUAUUAUUUAUAAUUUACUUAAAUUUCUUCUACACUUUUACCAUGUCCAAUGAUCCAACAUCAAAUGCUUUCGACGAUGAGUUUACGCAUUUUUGGGAAAAGGUCAAUUGUUUUGUGGCUCGCGAGUUUCCCUACGAGGAAAAGUGCGACUUUGUGAGUAGAGCCGUGGACUGCAACAGGAGCACCAAUGUCAUACCGUACAUGCUGUUGAUGUCCUGCAAACUGAAGUGCAUCAAUGCCUUCCAGGAGCAUUGUGUCUUGGCUCUUUUUGGAAUAAUGUGCUUUUUUAUGCUGACUAUUCUGAUAAAUGUGGUUUACAAUUACUACGGUCCCGCUCUGGAGAGUGUAUCAAAGUUGAUCCACCUGAACGAACAUUUGGCUGGCGUCACCAUAUUGGCAUUCGGGAAUAGCUCAGCAGAUCUGUUUGCAAACCUGGCGAACAUAAGGAGCAAAGUCCCUGUGUACAGCGCCAGCAUAUCUUCGGCCCUGUUUGUGUCCAUGGUCUCUGGCGGGAUCAUCUGUUACAUUACCCCAUUCAGGAUGAAUGGCUUUGAAACAGUGCGUGACAUUUUAUUUCUUAUUUUUGGAUUGUCUCUGGUUAAUUUCUUUUUGAUGCGCGAAACCGAAGUGUCGUCAUUUGAAUUUAUUGUAAUGUUUUUGGUGUACAUCUUCUAUAUAGUCGUAAAUGUGGUAGACUUGUACUUAAUGCGAAGAGAGGUCAAAAUUAUAAAUGCUAAAAUUGAUGAACUUGAGGAUAUGGAAGAUACUGAAGAAAAUGAUGCCAAAAUGCAUGAUUUAAAAAAGACACUAAAUCGGUUUCAGGACCAUAAAUUGGAGAUCUAUGAGAAAAGACGUCAAGGAUCGAUGUCAAAAAUGCAGUUCACCACCCAACGAAUGACAAUGCAUACUAGAAUAAGUGUAAACCAGGAGCAAAAUAGGAAUGCGAUGUACGACAGAAGACGUGGAAAGAACUUUCGCCUAUUCAAGGACUUCCUUUUGGCGGUGAGGCCCUUCAGAUGCCGUGAUUGGCGAACAUCUAAUAUGGUCGAGAGGGCCAUAUUAUUGGCAAAGGUUCCUGCCGUUUUACUCUGCGUCUUCUACAUUCCCCUAGUGGACUACCAGAAGAAAAAGCACGGUUGGAAAAAGUUGCUAAACAUCGUACAUGUCGUGGUUAAUCCGGCCAUAACCGUCAUGGUCUUCAAAGCUGUAAUGCUCACACCGGGUGACAAGCUCUGGUACAUUGAGAUCAUAGAUGAUUUAAAAUCUGGGGCCUAUACCAUGGCGAUUACCGUGCCGAUAGCGGUGUGCGUCUUUUUCACUUCACGGACCGACAAGCCACCCUCUUAUCACUGGGUGUUUACAAUCAUGAAUUUAACUGGCUGCAUGUUGCUGAUCUACGUGUCAGCAACGGAAAUCGAUAGGGUUAUUGAGGUAAUUUCCCGUAACUUGGAGUUGGACGAGGAGUUCAUGAGCGCCUCUGUGAAGUCCUGGACAAAUAACCUGGGACCCUUGGUCGCGAACACGGCCCUGGCCAUGCAAGGCUACCCAAAAAUGGCUUAUGCCUCCAGCAUAGGAGGCCCCAUUUUCACCAUCGUCUUGUCACCCAGCAUUGUAUUGUUUGUCCGAAGAAUGUUAAACGAAAAUGAUGAGAACAUAACCGUGUUCGGAAACUACGGCCAUGAUGCCUUCUACUUUCUUUUGUUCGGACUAACGUGCACCCUGCUCUGGACCACUACCCUGGGAUUCUUUGCCCGACGCUCAAUGGGCGUAUUCUCAAUAACCCUAUAUGCUAUAUACCUUCUAUAUAUCGAACUUAUUCAUUUUAAUAUCAUACAUACAUAUGGCUAUGACCAACGGAUUAGGCCAGGGUUUGGUGAUCUAUAGGGAAUAGUUUAUCGAUCAAUUGUGACGAUAUCUGGAGUAAAAACUAUACUUUUUAAA